GGAAACAGGAAACUCUUCAGUUCAGAGAAACUGAAACUGAGGUGUAGUUGAGCUGUUGUGUGUUAGUGUCUCUGUGUUCAUGCAGUAAAAUGGCAGAAGCCAGAUUUUCUCAGGAUGAGUUCAUGUGUCCAGUGUGUCUGGAUCUCCUGAAGGACCCAGUGACCACUUCCUGUGGACACAGUUACUGUAAGAGCUGUAUUACAGACUACUGGGAUCAGAUGAGAGUCUACAGCUGCCCUCAGUGCAGACAGACCUUCAGUCCAAGACCUGCUUUAGCUAAAAACACCAUGCUGGCUGACGUGGUGGAGAAACUGAAGAAGACUAAACGUCCUGCUGACUGUUACGCUGGAGAUGGAGAUGUGCAGUGUGACGUCUGUACUGGAAGAAAACACAAAGCUGUCAAGUCCUGUCUGAUGUGUCUGGAGUCUUACUGUCAAACUCAUUUUGGCCGUCAUGAGGAAUUUCACUCACGUAAGCCACAUAAAGUGACUGAAGCCACUGGACGACUGCAGGAGAUGAUCUGCCAAACACAUGAGAAACUCCUUGAGAUUUUCUGCUGCACUGAUCAGAAGUGUAUAUGUGUGCUGUGUAUGGAUGAACAUAAAAACCACGACACUGUAUCAGCUGCAGCACAGAGGACAGAGAAUCAGAACCAGCUGAAGGAGACACAGAGGUUGUUCCAGCAGAGGAUCCAGCAGAGAGAGAAAGAUCUUCAGCAGCUGAGAGAGGCUGUGGAGUCUCAUAAGCGCUCUGCACAGACAGCAGUGGAGGACAGUGAGAGGAUCUUCACUGAGCUCAUCCGCUCCAUUGAGAGAAGCCGUUCUGAGGCCACACAGCGGAUCAGAGAUCAGGAAAAGACUGCAGUGAGUCGAGCUGAAGGACAACUGGAGCGACUGGAGCAGGAGAUCAAUGAUCUGAGGAGGAGAGAUGCUGAGCUGGAGCAGCUUUCACACACACAGGAUCACAUCCAUUUCCUGCAGAGUUUCCAGUCUCUCUCAACUCCUCCUGAAUCUACAGACGUAAAUGACGAUCCCUUCAGUUCUCUCUCCUCUUUUGAUGGCGUGAGAGAAUUUGUCCUUCAGCUGAGAGAGAAACUGGAUGAUUUCUGCAAAGAGAAGCUAAAGAAGAUCUCUGACAGAGUCACUUUCACCAACAUUGUUCCCAGGACCAGGAACGACUUCCUACAAUAUUCCCAUCGGCUCACUCUGGAUCUGAACACAGUGAAUAAACGCCUCCAUAUGUCUGAGGGGAACAGAGUGAUUACUAACACUCUUAAAGAGCAGCCGUAUCCUGAUCAUCCAGACAGAUUUGAUGUGUUUAAUGCACAGGUGUUGUGUAGAGAGAGUGUGUGUAGACGCUGGUACUGGGAGAUUGAGUGGAGCAGGAGUGUGUUUGGUGCUGUGUCUAUAUCAGUGUCAUAUAAGAGCAUCAGCAGGAAGGGAUCGGGUAAUGAGUGUGUGUUUGGAUAUAAUGAUCAGUCCUGGAGUUUGAUCUGCAGUCCAUCCAGUUACUCAUUCAUACACAAUAACAAACAGACUGAACUCCCUGUAAAGCCCAUCAGCAGUAGAAUAGGAGUGUAUGUGGAUCACAGUGCAGGAACUCUGUCCUUCUACAGCGUCUCUGGAGACACAAUGAUCCUCAUCCACACAGUCCAGACCACAUUCACUCAACCACUCUAUCCUGGGUUUAGGCUUUAUUAUGGAUCAGUGAAACUGUGUUGAUGAAUCAGAAUAGACUGUAGAGAGAUUCUAACCAUAAUACUUUGAGUUGGCUUGAGUAGAUAAUCCAAGAUAAGAAGCUUACGCAGAAAGACUAUGAACAGUUAUAUUUAAUAACACAAGACAAUGAACAUAAGGUCUAUUGUCUAGUCUGCCCAGGCUGCUGAGCUGGUAAUUAGGCCAAAAGAAAUGGGAAGGCCUUUGGGACAGACUAGUUCCCUUUCGAAGGAACUCGCACUGCGUUGUACUGUAUGUCGACACUUUGGGGAAUGGCUUCAGCGUAACUUUGUGUGAUGCAUGUGUGCAACUAGUUCAUUCCUGACUGGUGCUGCAUCACCUCGUGGCGUUUGACGGUGUAACGUGGAAACUACAAAGGGAAGCCGGCAACACAGUAAUGUCAGCUACUGCUCUCUGUGUCAAACUGUACUGUCCUAUUUGGUGUUAUUUCAUCCCUGUAUCUAGAGUGCCCUGGGUUUGUUUACUGAUUUACUGAUUUUCUUUAUGAAAUUAAACAAAACAGUAAACUCACAGAAUGUCAACUUAGAAGAAUAAAUAAAUAUAGAAUACAUUUUUCAAAUAAUCAUUUGUUUCCGUUUUACUUGAAUUUUCACUAAAUUGGUGAAAAUUAAUCUUCAAACCAAUGUAUAAAUAACAGUAUAUAACUUUACAGGACUCACUUAUAUAUCGUUUGUGUAUGUUUCACACUUUUACAUUACUUCACAUCUUUUCUGUCAAUUAUUAAAUUUAACUGGGCCCAGACUCGCAAAUGUAUGAAACUCAAAAUAGCUGGAUAUCAAGAAUUGUUGAAUAUCAAGUGUCCCCAACUAAGCAAGCCAAAGGCGAUAGCGGCAAGGAACCCAAACUCCAGCAGGUGACAUCAGGUGGCACACAGGUGUUAAAAUGGAGAAAAAAAAACAAGUCCUCCUCUGGCCAACAGCGAACAGUGCGUGAUUAUGAUUCAGGCAGUGUUACAGGUCAUAAGUCCGAUUGGGAUUGCAACAGUCAAAGUAUUUAAUCCAGUUCCAUCUAGUUGAAGAUCAUAUUCAUCAGGCCAGUAUGGGACGGUUUGUUGAGGACCUGUGCCACUGGCUAUGUGUCGGUGAGGCCUUUGUGGUGGUUAUGAAAGAGAAAAAAUAAAUUAAAAAGGAUAAAAAAAAAUAUUAAAUUUAACAUGUCUUUUAAUCUCAUAUUUUAUAAUGUAUAUUAUUUUAUAUCUUGUCUAUGAUGAUUGAUUUUGACUAGCUUAUAGAUCACUUGGUCGAUUGAUUAUUUGAUUGCUUUUCCCUUGUGAAAGUGUUCACCGGCGUGGGGAGGGGGAGCUUCGUGUCCUCUCUUUUAUUAAUAUCUCCCCUCAUCAGGUACGAAACACAAUAAUGCAAUAAGAGUAUGUUGUUGACAUGUUAGAGUUACACAGAAUGUAAAUGACAUUGUUUAAAGUCUUUAAUAACUUAUGUUUAACAGAAGUGUAAAAGUUUGUUUCAAGUUAACUGUGUAUCGUGUGCAUUUCAUGCUAAUGAUGGAGACCAUGCGGUCCCAUCCAUGAAUAUAAUGUUUUUGACAAACAAUGCAACAUUUAUUAGUUGUAGUUGACUGUGUUUUAAAAGAAGAUGUAUUUUCAUGAAAUAAAUUUGAUGUGUUUGUACUGAAAAUGUAUAAAAAAGGGAUAAUUUCUGCUGACAUAUGAACAUUUUCAGGAGAUCCGAACACAGAUGCAUCAUGCCCGUUCAUACAGCACCUGUCGUGAUUUUUGAGCCAACUGCAUUAUUCAUGUAACUUCCAAAAACAAUGUUUUUGACACAAACUUUUCUAUGAAGAGGUGGAAUUUCCCCCUAUAAAUUGAGUUCCAGGGGCAUUUUAUUUAAACAGUUUUAAAAUGUAUUUGAACCUACUUGCAAUUCUAUUUAAUCUUGUAUUAUAUGACCUUAUGUCAGUAGCUCUUGGUACACAUUCUCAUUUCCUGCAAGCACAAAACGAGAGAAGGGUUCAGUGCUCACAGUGUUGUCACAAUGUUUAUGUUAAAUAAAUUCUAAAGUAGGCUAUCCUUUAAGCUGUCUUUUAUUUGAUUACGUGUGCAUUAUACAUCUAUAAGUAAAGACUUUAAAACAAACGUGAUUUAAAAUCUACAGUUUACAAUAUCAUGCCCAAGUGUUAAAUAUGGCAACCUUAGAAUUUAAAUCACAGGCUCCUACUCAAAUAAACUUACAAUUCUAUAAAAAUGUCUCAAUUUAUUAACUUACAACACGACUAUAUAGCUAUAUAAUUGCUUACAAAAUGC